AGAAAAUAAAUAGCAGUAUGCUACCAAAAGGCAGACAACAACAACAAAAUGGCGUCAAAAAGAAAACCGGAUUCGCAAGUUCCGUCAGAAGAAAGCGAUCAGCUCCUGAUUCGACCACUAGGUGCUGGACAAGAAGUUGGUCGGUCUUGUCACUUGUUGGAAUUCAAGGGAAAGAAAAUUAUGCUCGACUGUGGUAUUCAUCCGGGAUUAAAUGGCUUUGCAUCACUGCCUUUUCUUGACUUUGUAGACCUAGAAGAGAUUGACCUCAUUCUUGUUAGUCACUUUCAUUUGGACCAUUGUGGAGGCCUGCCAUAUUUCCUGGAAAAGACAGGGUUCAAAGGUCGAUGUUUUAUGACUCAUGCUUCAAAAGCUAUUUAUAGAUGGCUUCUCUCAGAUUAUGUUAAAGUCAGUAAUAUAGGAACAGAUGACAUGCUUUAUACAGAUAAAGAUAUAGAAAACAGUAUGGACAAAAUAGAAACUAUCAACUUUCACCAGGAAGUAGAUGUUGGAGGUGUGAAGUUUUGGUGCUACACUGCUGGUCAUGUGUUAGGGGCUGCCAUGUUUAUGAUCGAAAUUGCUGGUGUAAAGGUAUUAUAUACGGGGGAUUUUUCAUGUCAGGAAGACAGACAUUUAUGUUCAGCUGAAAUACCUAAUGUACACCCGGAUGUUGUUAUAACAGAGUCCACAUAUGGUACACAUAUACAUGAAGAUAGAGAAGAUAGAGAGACAAGAUUUACAGGGCUCGUACAUGAUAUAGUUACACGUGGAGGGCGAUGUCUUAUACCAGUGUUUGCUCUUGGAAGAGCUCAGGAACUCCUGCUUAUUCUAGAUGAGUAUUGGACCAAUCAUCCAGAGUUACACGAUGUGCCGAUAUAUUAUGCAUCGUCCCUUGCAAAGAAAUGUAUGAGUGUGUACCAGACCUAUGUGAAUGCCAUGAACGAUAAAAUCAAGAAACAAAUAUCAAUAAGCAACCCGUUUGUAUUCAAACAUAUUUCAAAUCUGAAGAGCAUGGAGCAUUUUGAGGAUAUAGGCCCGUCAGUAGUGCUAGCAUCACCUGGUAUGAUGCAGAGUGGAUUGUCAAGAGAAUUGUUUGAAAACUGGUGUACAGAUAAACGUAAUGGUGUCAUUAUUGCUGGAUAUUGUGUAGAGGGAACACUGGCUAAGACGAUAUUAUCAGAACCAGAAGAGAUCAUGACAAUGGGUGGUCAGAAAUUACCUCUAAAAUGUUCCGUAGAUUAUAUCUCGUUCUCUGCUCAUACCGACUAUAAACAGACUAGUGGAUUUCUACGAACACUCAAACCUCCACAUGUGGUAUUGGUGCACGGUGAACAGAAUGAGAUGGCGAGGUUAAAGGCGGCCUUGUUGAGAGAGUACGAGGAUGAUACAGAAUACCAGAUGCAGGUGCAUAACCCCAGGAAUACAGUUGCUGUAGAACUACACUUCCGAGGCGAGAAAAUGGCAAAGGUUGUUGGAAAAUUGGCAGCUCAGAAACCAAAAGAUGGAGAUCAAAUAUCUGGAAUACUUGUGAAAAGAAACUUUAAUUACCAUAUAAUGGACCCAUCAGAUCUCUCUAAUUACACAGAUUUAGCCAUGAGUACAGUCACACAAAGGUUGAGUAUAAAGUACACAGGUACCCAGGCGUUGUUACAGUACUACCUAAAUCAGCUGGCCGGGGACGUAGAGAGGUUUGAAUCUCAGAAAGAUAGGACAGUGUUACGUGUGUUUAAAACAGUGAAUGUUAUAUUAGAACAUAAACUUGUUAUAAUAGAGUGGUUAUCUAAUCCAGUAACAGAUAUGUACGCCGAUGCUGUGGUGACGGUAGUUCUGAGGGCUGAAACAGAUCCAUUAAGGCAUAAAGUUGUACCACAGGCUAUCAAGGUAGAUAAAAGUCACAUACAGGAAUGUUUACUUGAGAUGUUGACGGACAUGUUUGGCAAGGACUGUAUCGGGAAACUGAUAAAAGGAAACAACAUAUCUGUGACAGUCGAUGAUAAAGUGGCACUGGUCAAUGUGGAAACAAUGGAUGUCAAGUGUGAAGACAGUGAUUUACAUUCAGUGAUACAAACAGCAGUGUCCAAAUUACAUCAAGCCAUCGCACCAGUAAAACCAAUGUCCAGUCUGGUUCCCUCAUCAUCUUCAUCACAGUUACCUACAGCCGGGGUCAAGCCAUAGAAAUU